GCCAUGACCAUGCACGACCUUGACCCUUUGGAUCCUGCUUAUGUCGCAGAUGUCCUCUCGAAACCUCCCUUUGUCACAGUCCCAGGGGUCAUCAACUUUAGGGAUCUGGGCUCUUAUCCAUCGACUACACACCCCGGCAAGGUCACCAAGCCUAAACUCUUGUUUCGCUCAGCAGAGCUUUCGGGUAUAACAGACGAGGGUAAAGCCAAAUUAAAGGAGCUCGGGGUCACUCAGGUCUAUGAUCUACGCUCGGAUACAGAGAUCAAGAAAUACAACACCCCUUCCCCCGAAAUCGAUGGCAUACACUUCCACCACAUACCCGUCUUUCAAACUGCAGACUACAGUCCAGAGAUGAUGGCCAAACGGUACCAACUGUAUGCCAGUGGAAAGACCGAGGCAUUUGUAGAAUUGUAUUCCCAGAUUUUGGACCAUGGAGGACACUCCUUCGGUGCUGUCCUCCGCCAUAUACGAGACAGGUCGUCAGAAGGCUGUAUCUUCCAUUGCACUGCAGGCAAAGACCGAACAGGUGUCCUGGCGGCAUUGAUUCUGAAGCUUGCAGGAGUGGAAGACGAUCUAGUAGCCCAAGACUAUGCGCUAACGAGGGUAGGCAGGGAGCCUGCCCGAGAGAUGAUCAUGAAACGCCUAGCGAAAGAGCCGCUCUUUGCUUCAAACAACGAAGCUGCUCUUAACAUGUUUACAUGCCGGCACGAGACCAUGAUGGCGGUCCUCAAACACAUCGAGGAGCGGUACGGCGGUGCAGAGAACUACAUCAAGCGUUACGUCGGUCUUUCAGAUGAAGAACUGGAGACUGUCCGCAACAACUUGCUGGUGCCAGGCACUCAAGAAUAGCGAAUACCACU